AUGGCAAGUAAGAUAACGGAGAGUGAUCCAAACGCUGUGAAAGAUAAUUCUGUAGCAGAUUCCGAAUUAGUUAUAGAACAGGAGAAUUUACUUUCUCAUACUGAAGAUGAGGGAGAUGAAGAUGAAGAUGAAGAGAGUGACAAGAAUGAACCUUUACCAGUGGAAUACCCUGGUACUGUCUUACCAGAUGAACAUCCGCAACACAUUGAUGCCGACUCCGAAUUGACGAAAGGCUAUGAUUCAGAUACUGAUUAUUUAGAUCUAAUUCAUAUGAAGAUUGGAUCAUUAGAAGACUUAAAUUUGUCGAGAUUCCAUAGAUUAGAGUCUUUAUGUUUGAGACAGAACUUAAUCACUUCAAUCGUCGAAGUAAAGGAUCUACCAGGCGAAACAAUGCAAGAAUUGGACUUUUAUGACAACAGAAUCAAUCACAUAUCAAGCCAAAUUAGUAAGCUUAAAAACUUGACAAAUCUUGAUCUUUCAUUCAAUAAAAUCAAAAACAUUAAGAAUAUAGAAUCUUUGACGAAGCUCGAACACUUGUAUUUUGUCCAGAAUAAGAUCAAAGAGAUCAAGAAUUUGGAAACUCUUCAAAACUUAAAGAAUUUGGAAUUAGGUGGAAAUAAAAUAGAAGUAAUAAGUGAAACACUUGAUAAACUAGUCAAUUUACAACAAUUAUGGCUCGGUAAGAAUAAGAUUGAAAAAUUAGAAAACAUGACGAACUUGGUAAAUUUAAGAGUCCUUUCAAUACAGUCCAACAGAAUUACUAAAAUCGAAGGUUUAGAGAACUUGAUCAAUUUGGAAGAAUUAUACCUAUCUCAUAAUGGGAUCUCUAAGAUUGAAAACUUGGAUAAAAAUACUAAUUUACAGGUUUUGGAUGUAACAUCGAAUAGACUUACAAGCCUUGAUAAUUUGAAGCAUUUAACUAAAUUAACUGAUUUUUGGUGUUCGUAUAACAAAAUAUCCAGUUUCGAAGAGAUUGGCAGAGAAUUAGGUAAGUUGCCUGAGUUAGAUACUGUCUACUUUGAAGGCAAUUUAGUUCAAACUCAAAACCCAACAGCUUAUAGAAGAAAGAUAAAGCUAUAUUUGGGCUCUAGCUUAGCUAAAAUCGAUGCCACCUAUAUCCGUGGCUAA